UGCGCUGUUCUCGAGUAUGCAUCAUUCGGGGACGACGGUCUCGCUCUCUCGCGCCGUCGUCUGCUCCUAUCCAUACCGUUUAUUUGUGUCUAUUGUUUGACCGCGCCAAAGCCAAAGCGAGGUGUGUGAAUAUCGGCAUGUCAAUGUCAUUCAACGGCGGAUAAGCGCGCGGGACGGAGCGAGAGAAUGUUGCUGUACACGCUUAUCGGCGGCUACAUGCUCACCUCGGUGAUACUGUUCAAGUAUCCCACCUUACUGCACAAGAAGAAGAGGGUGAAGUUUCUGUGCCAGCAUAUCAGUCACCGAGGCGGAGCGGGCGAGAGCUAUGAGAACACGAUGUGCGCAUUUAGACGAGCAGUGGCCAUUGGAACUCAAAUGUUGGAAUUAGAUUGUCAUCUUACAAGAGAUGGCGAAGUAGUAGUCUCUCACGAUCAGAAUCUUUUACGCAGCACUGGUAUAGAUAAAAAUAUUUCUGAAUUGGAUUACAAAGAUUUGCCACUUUUAAAGCAACGUUUACCAAUUGAUUUUGAGCCAGAUAUGGAGUAUAUUGGUUCUGCGAGGGAAGAAGAUCGACAAUUCGCCUUGCUACGAGAAGUCUUUGAGGCGUUUCCCAAUAUUCCUAUUAAUAUUGAUAUCAAAAUCAAUGACGAUCGACUUAUAUCAAAAGUUUCUGAUCUUAUAAAACAAUACAAUAGAGAGGAAUAUACAGUUUGGGGAAACUUUAGUGAUGAGGUCACACAGAAAUGCUAUAAAAUGAAUCCAAAGGUAAACCUACUUUUUUCAAUGCAACGUGUGACAAUGUUGAUAUUUCUUAUGUAUACUGGCUUGUUGCCAUUUGUACCACUAAAGGAAACACAUCUUGAAAUUUUCUUACCUUCAAUCUACUUGCGACGCAAAGGCGGUCCAAGUCCAACAUUUUUACCACUGGAAAAAUUUGUAGUACGUACAAUUAAUGUGUUAUUAAUGAGGCCGUGCUUAUUUAAUCAUCUAAGAGCACGGGGCAUACAUGUUUACUUUUGGGUUUUGAACAAAGAUGAGGAAUUCCAAAAAGCAUUUGAAUUAGGAGCAACUGGUGUUAUGACAGAUUAUCCAACAAAAUUAAAAUUAUUUUUAAAGAACCAUGCAAAGGAAUGAAGUGUAUGGUUACAUUUUUAAAGAAUAUUUAUCAGAUAACAAACUGUUGAGGAAAUUCGCAAAGUUAUUUAUGUCUGUAAAGAGAUAUCUGCCACAUAAUGUAUGUGAAGAUAUAUAAGCUAUUAUACGAAAAGGACAAAGUAGUAUAUUUUUUAUAAGCAAAGCAGAACUAUUUGCUUAUGUUCUGUGUAUAAAUGCCAACUCGACAAGUUUUGCCAGAAUUGCGACAGCCCGUACAAAUCGAUUCAUUAGCGAAAUUACAUAUACAAUGUAUUGCACACACACUGUAGUUCACUAUAUUACUGUUACAUUAAUCGUGCAAGCGUCCAUUCACGGAAUAAGAUUGCUCUGGCCUCGUAAAUUUCUAAUUUAUCCGUUUUUUCUCAUUUAUUUCUUGAUGAAGCGUAAUGAGGCUUUUUUUUUAUUAAAUUAUUUAUUUAGAAGCAUAAGCUAGUAUAUUGAUUAGUAUUAACAAUUAUUUUGCGCACAAUGAAUAUGAGUCGAUUAAGCAAGUCUACAAAUAAUUUAAAUCUACAAAUAAUUUAAAUUGAUGAGAGAUUUUUUUUAUAGUUUAUAGGACAGUCGCAUAUAUAUACGCAUUUUUAUCUAAUUUGCUACUGGAAUUUAUUUAUCAUAGUUUCAAAUUCCGUAUAUUGGAAUAUUCUUAUUUAUGGGAUAGGCAUGCUUUGUCUCCUCAUAAUCCAACAAGUUACUAUUUUUUAAUCUGGUGAAUUUCUUUACCAAAACUUUUUACUUACGAUACCUCCUCUUUCAUAUAUAUAUAUAUUGUGAGGAAACAAAUUCGCAUGUCCCAAAAAAGUCCGCGUGUGUGCGUGCAUAUCCCAAUUUUUAGUACAAAAUAUCUAUUGAUUAUUAUAUCUCUCUGGGGCCAGUGUUAGCUUAGCCCAGCAUUCAGAGGCUUGAAAUAACAAAUAGUCUGAUCUAUGGUGCAUUUGUUAAAUAAUUUUUAACAUUUUCAUGAAAAAAAAAGAAAAAAAAAACAUUUUAUGUAUGAGAAGAAAAGAAAAAUCGAGCUAUGCUGAUCGUGAUAUGUAUAUGAGUGUGAUAUAAAGAAUUCCCUUUUCGUAAAAUGAAUGUGAUAAAAAAUAGUGUCAGUCUCGUUAUUGAGAAACUGAAAUCGAAAGCCCUAUCAUAUGUGACUAGAGUUCUAUUAAAUAAAGAAAUUUAUGUACUUGCAAAUACUGCAUUUGAUGAGUAUAUGACACAUUUUCAUUAUAUUUGAUAGUGUUACACAGUAUGAUACCAUUAUAAACUUUAUAUAGCUGUGUGUAUAUGGAACAUAUUUCAGGGCUUAUCGUUUUCUUUCAAUGAAUCUGUUCCUGAAGCGUGUUCUAUGUACAAAGUUACAUCAUGUAUUUGCAUACAGGGCAUUUUACAGCUAAUAUAAUUGAUAUAUAAUUGUCUAUAUGGAUAUCUAUAUGUUGGAUAUAUAUAUACUUUUCUAAUCCUUUAAAUAUAGAAGGACUACACACAUUGAACAAUUAAAAGUAUUAAGUUAAUAAUAUAUUCGAACUGCAGCUUGUUGCACACAUUUAUAAAAAGUAUAAUAAUAACACACAUCUUUUCUAACUUAUUAUAUGUAUUAUAUAUAAUUUAUACACAAUUAGAGACUUCUUUUAUAAAAGAUCUGUGUGUAUAUGUGCCAUUAUUAUAUGUAUGCAAUAUACAUGUUCAGAUAAAAAGAAAAAAAAUAACAGCGUGUAUAAGCGUAAACAGAUGUGACGGAUAUCAAUAGUUAUGGCUAAAAAAUAAGAAAUACAUACACUAUAUUAUGCCUAAUAGGACAGUCAUAGAAUGUAAUAUAUGUUUAUGGUAUGUUAUUAUAUUUAUUAUUAUUAUUAUUUAUUAUUACAUUUAGUUAAUAUGUUGAUAAUUUUAAUUUAAUGAAAUUGUUUGGAUUUUUAAAGAUAUACAAUUAAAUUUACAAAUCUAGUGUUUUUAUGUCUUAAAUGGUAGAAUAAUAUUUUAUUUAUGCCAAAUAAAUAUAUAAAUCCUUUUUAUAUAAGUUUCUUUAUUUCUUUCAUAUUUUAAUGGUGAAAAAGAAAUGUGACUGUGUAUAAAUGUUAUCGAAUUUAUAAAUUUAUGCACGUAUAUAUGUAGGUAUCAGAAAGAGAAAGGAAUUCCGUAUGUAUUUAAGUAUAUAAAUUAUCUGUAUUUGACUUUACAAAUUGUACUUGAUACAAUGAAAGAAGUUAAAUAAGUAAUGUACUAAAAAAAUUUUGUUAAAAUUACUUGCUUCUAUGAAAUAAUCAGAGUUCUAUAAUGUGUAAUUAAAAUGUCGGAAAUGUUUUACAAUGAAUGUUAAUUAUAGAAAAAUAAAAUAUGUACAAAUUCA